CGUUGAGGGUUUGUGCCUCGUUACAUUUUGACUUCGGUUCUUCGUGUAACGUUACUGACGAAACACUAUCGGCCUCUCGUCUUUCUCUUCGUUUCUUGGCCAUGUCCGCUUAUUAAAUUAAGAUAUCGAGCUAGCUACACCGACCUCGGGUGUAACACACCGUGCUUCUGUCAAAAGUUGAAAGUAAGUGACGAGAGACCGCUUUGCCAACCGGCGACUAGGAAAUUGACACAUUCCCACAGCCUUUCACAUUUUCGGAGUUUGUUUAUCUACCUUUUCCCCACAGUGCCCCCAUGCGGCACCCUGUAUUUCCAAAACAAUGUUACAGCAGCACGGCGUUUAGUGUUUAUGUAGUAUAUUAUUGUCGUUUUUACAGUAGUAGUAAUAUUAGUAGCUUCCAUUUAUGUGACUAGGUUUUCAAUACAACAGCUAGAUGUUGAUUGUUCUCUGAUGUUAUGAUGUCAUCCACAUCAUCAUGAAAGAUGGUGCUGAAAACUUCAAAUCAACUUGCCAACUGCAAUGACAUGCUUAUAUUUUGUUCUCAUUAUCAGCAGUGUCUUUAUUUACUGACUGUAAGACAGUGUGAGAGCGAUAUCACCAAUGUAAAACUACAACUCCUAGAGUGCAAUAGUUCGAAGCGGAUGUACGUGUUGGAGAAAUUUGGCGCUGAUCUAUCCGGGUACUUCAUUCACUUCUUCCUUUCGCGCCGGUAACUGAAGAGCCGUGCGUCCAUGUGCGCAUUGACUGGGAAUUCAUAGACCACAGAAAUACUGAAUCCGAGCCAUACCAGAUUUAGCUAUGGAUCCUAACGUAUUGAUCGAGGCCCUUCGGGGGACCAUGGACCCAAACUUGCGUGAGGCCGCGGAGAGACAGCUGAACGAGGGUCACACCCAGGUGAAUUUUGUGUCUGCUUUGCUGCAAGUCACCAUGUCUGAUCAGUUGGAUUUGCCCGUCAGACAAGCAGGGGUGAUCUACCUGAAGAACAUGGUGACCCAGCACUGGAGCGAGGAGACGGCAUCAGCAGAGACGCCUGUCAAUAACAUUCCCGAGGAGGACAGGCAGUUCAUCCGUGACAACAUCGUGGAGGCCAUCAUCCACUCCCCCGAGCGCAUCAGAGUGCAGUUGACGACAUGCAUCCACCACAUGAUUAAGCACGACUACCCCGGCAAGUGGACGGCCAUUGUGGACAAGAUUGGCUUCUACCUGCAGUCAGAUAACAGCGCCGGCUGGCUGGGCAUCCUGCUCUGCCUCUACCAGCUGGUGAAAAACUACGAGUACAAGAAGCCGGACGAGCGCAGUCCUCUGGUGGCGGCCAUGCAGAUCUUCAUGCCCAUGCUGAAGGACCGCUUCAUCCAGCUGCUCCCUGACCCCUCCAGUGAAUCUGUCCUGGUGCAAAAACAGAUCUUCAAGAUCCUCUACGCCCUCUUCCAGUAUAACCUCCCCCUGGAGUUGAUCAACCGACAGAACCUGACGGAGUGGAUGGAGAUCCUGAAGACAGUGGUGGACAGAGACGUGCCUCCGGAGACCUUGCAGGUGGAUGAGGACGAGAGACCUGAGCUGCCCUGGUGGAAGUGUAAGAAGUGGGCCCUCCACAUCCUGGCCAGGCUCUUCGAGAGGUAUGGCAGCCCAGGCAACACUACCAAAGAGUACACAGAGUUUGCCGAUCUCUUCCUCAAGGGAUACGCUGUGGCAGCACAGCAGGUGCUGCUGAAGGUCUUAUAUCAGUACAAGGAGAAUCAAUACGUGGCUCCCAGAGUCCUCCAGCAGACACUCAACUAUAUUAACCAGGGAAUCGCACACGCUGUCACCUGGAAGAACCUCAAGCCACAUAUCCAGGGCAUCAUUCAGGAUGUGGUUUUCCCUCUCAUGUGCUACACGGACAGUGACCAGGAGUUGUGGGAGGAGGACCCAUACGAGUACAUCCGCAUGAAGUUUGAUGUGUUCGAGGACUUCAUCUCUCCCACCACGGCCGCCCAGACCCUGCUCUUCACCUCCUGCAACAAGAGGAAAGAAGUUCUUCAGAAGACCAUGGGCUUCUGUUAUCAGAUCCUUACUGAGCCUACCUCUGACCCCAGGAAGAAGGACGGAGCGCUGCACAUGAUUGGCUCUCUGGCUGAAAUCCUGCUCAAGAAAAAGGUCUAUAAAGACCAGAUGGAGUUCAUGCUGCAGAACCACGUCUUCCCUCUGUUCCGCAGUGAGCUGGGUUACAUGAGAGCCAGAGCCUGUUGGGUCCUGCAUUACUUCUGUGAGGUCAAGUUUAAGAGUGACCAGAACCUGCAGACAGCCCUGGAGCUGACCCGCCUCUGCCUAAUCAACGACAACGAGAUGCCUGUUAAAGUGGAGGCAGCCAUCGCCCUGCAGGUCCUCAUCAGCAACCAGGAGAAAGCCAAAGAGUAUAUCACUCCCUUCAUCCGGCCUGUGAUGCAGGCCCUCCUGCACAUUGUGCGUGAAACUGAGAAUGAUGACCUCACCAACGUCAUCCAGAAGAUGAUCUGCGAGUACAGCGAAGAAGUCACCCCCAUCGCCGUGGAGAUGACACAGCACUUGGCUAUGACCUUCAACCAGGUCAUCCAGACGGGGCCUGACGAGGAGGGAGGAGACGACAAGGCGGUGACAGCCAUGGGCAUCCUCAACACUAUCGACACACUGCUCAGUGUGGUGGAGGACCACAAAGAGAUCACCCAGCAGCUGGAGGGCAUAUGUCUGCAGGUGAUCGGCACCGUCCUGCAGCAGCACGUCCUGGAGUUCUACGAGGAGAUCCUGUCUCUAGCCCACAGCCUGACCUGCCAGCAGGUGUCCCCACAGAUGUGGCAGCUCCUCCCCUUGGUGUUCGAGGUCUUCCAGCAGGAUGGCUUUGACUACUUCACAGACAUGAUGCCUCUCCUUCACAACUAUGUCACGGUUGACACAGACACUCUCCUGUCUGACACUAAAUACCUGGAGAUUAUCUACAGCAUGUGCAAGAAGGUUCUGACGGGCGAUCCAGGUGAGGAUCCAGAGUGUCAUGCAGCCAAGCUGCUAGAGGUGGUUAUUCUGCAGUGCAAAGGGCGUGGAAUUGAUCAGGUUGUUCCCUUGUUUGUGGCGGCUGCACUGGAGAGGCUGACGAGGGAGGUGAAGACCAGUGAGCUGAGGACCAUGUGUCUGCAAGUGGCCAUCGCUGCCCUCUACUACAGCCCCCCUCUGCUGCUCAACACCCUGGAGAACCUGCGCUUCCCAAACAACACUGAGCCCAUCACCAACCACUUCAUCUCCCAGUGGCUCAAAGACGUUGACUGCUUCCUGGGGCUCCACGAUAGGAAGAUUUGUGUGCUUGGCCUGUGUGCCCUCAUUGACUUGGAACAGAGGCCCCAGGCUGUCAACCAGGUGGCCGGCCAGCUGCUCCCUGCAGCCAUCCUACUCUUCAACGGCCUCAAGAGGGCCUACGCCUGUCAAGCAGAGAACGAGAAUGAGGAUGAAGAUGAUGAUGAAGAUGGAGAGGAGGAUGAGGAGAAUGUCGAGCUGGGCAGUGAUGAAGAUGACAUUGAUGAGGAGGGCCAGGAGUACCUGGAGAUGCUGGCCAAGCAUGCAGGAGAGGAUGGGGAUGAUGAGGACUGGGAUGAGGAUGACGCAGAGGAGACUGCACUGGAGGGCUACACCACAGCUGUAGACGAUGAAGACAACCUGGUGGAUGAAUACCAGAUCUUCAAAGCCAUACUACAGAAUAUCCAGACCCGUGACCCAACAUGGUACCAGGCACUCACACAAACCCUUGAUGAGGAACAAGGAAAACAUCUUCAUGACAUCGGCACACUUGCAGACCAGAGACGGGCAGCACAUGAAUCCAAAAUGAUCGAGAAGCAUGGCGGAUACAAGUUCACAGUGCCAGAAGUGGUGCCAACUAAUUUCAAUUUUGGAGGCAACGCUCCAGGAAUGAAUUGAGUCAUCCCUUCUCCCUUUUAUUACUCUGACUGAUUGUAGUGAAGUGAAAAAAGCUUGUGUUGUUCCCUUAAGUAGUGGUUCCAGAACUGGUUCUUCUCACUGACUCUUCAAUCUGACUAUCAAAUUGGAAAUAGCACCAGAAGAAGUGGGAAGGCAACCAAAUGCAACAAAUGGCUGGGAAAACAAACCAAGAACUUGAGCACGAAGCAAGAGAAAAAAGAAGCUCUGAACAACAUUGUCUUCUGGGAUCCAAUGUGGAGGAGGAUACUAUGACGGAACUCUUUUUUUCUUCCCACUUAAACAAAACGGGAGGGCUUAACAAUUUGAAAUUGAUAAUGGGACUAAAUGUUUCAUCAUUUUCACUGUUUUGGCCAAAAGGCUGUGCGUGAUAAGAUUAUACCUCUGGCAGUAGUGUUGUCUACGUUAUUUUCUGCAUUAACAAAUUCUCAUGUUUGUUAUGUAUAUACAAGCCAAGGUUCUUGAUUUUUAAGUAGCCUUGCAAAAACAACCAGAGGCAUUUGUAAGGUGUCAAGUGUAUUCAUAUGUAGCAUAUCGGAUACUUCAUAGCACUAUGUGAUGCCUGAUCUCUGUAAAUUAAUGACUAGCACUUUCAUAUUGUUCAGGUCUCCUAGCCUUCUGUAUCAGACUGCAAUUUUUAAAUCAAGUAAGACCAUUUAAAACGCAAACCGCUGUAACUUUGUUACUGUGCAAACGACUUCUCCUGUAAUGGCUGAUUGUCACAUGUAUUGGUUACGGUGUAGAAAAAUGGGUGGCAUCACUUUGCUGCUAAAGUGGAAACAUUCUAGAUUCCUGAAAAAAGAGAAGGCUCUUGGUGUUCAGGUUGGAUACAAGACAUGUUGUGAGCACUGAAAGUCAAUUGGAUACUUCAUUGAAGCAUGUACAAUUGGACUUGAUCGUGAAGGUCUCAAGCAUUUGGUUGGUGUAUGGAUGAACCAUAUAUAUAAAUAUACACACAACAACAUUAAAAAAAGUUUCGUUGGA